GUCAGAAGAGAGCGAGCGAAACACGACACCCCGAGAACUGAGAGAGGCACGGGUUGGGGAGGGGGGAGGAGAGUGUACCGCUGAGUGUUGUGAGAGUGAGUGGAAGACUAAAAAGUCUGUGAAGAAAGACGGGGCGCUUUCUAACGUUCAUUUCUGUCAAAUAACUCAGAGCUUUGCGGCGGAUAGAUGCCAAACAGCGACGAAGAUGCGGCUGAGACGGAGUAAACAGCUACCGGACAGUUAGCGAAAGAACUUGUAGAGGAGAGAGAGAAGGGCUUUCCGGCUGGUUCGAGUCGGGACGGUUGGCCGUUCCCCCCCGCAAUUUGAGCAGAUUUAAACGCUGCGAGGUACCAACGAGGUCUCAGCGGAAAGCAAGUGCUUCGUUCGGUUUGGCCGGUGGGCAGAGAGCCGAGGAAACAGGAAAGAGAGCGAGCGCGGCGGAUCGAGAGAAGACAGAGCCGCUGAAGUAGAAGAUACAAAAAAAAAAAAAAAAAGUUUCACCGAUUAUCUUCACUUAGUUUUCCAGACUGGAAAGCAGAACGGGAGGAAGAGGCCGAGAGACUUGACUUUUCUCUCCACAAGCAACUUCGUGGAAUUCUUCCAGUUUAAUUUUCCUGUUCUGUCCUGAUUAGCAGCUAAAGCAGAAAGAAUGAAAACACCUGGAGAUACUGGGUUUGCCUUUCCAGAAUGGGCAUACAAGCCCGAGUCGAGCCCUGGGUCCAGACAAAUCCAGCUGUGGCACUUCAUCUUGGAGCUGCUAAGGAAAGAGGAGUAUCAUGAUGUCAUCGCGUGGCAGGGGGACUAUGGCGAGUUCGUCAUCAAGGAUCCAGAUGAAGUAGCUCGGCUUUGGGGGGCCAGGAAGUGUAAACCUCAGAUGAACUAUGAUAAGCUCAGCAGGGCACUGAGAUAUUACUACAACAAGAGGAUCCUUCAUAAGACCAAAGGGAAGAGGUUCACCUACAAGUUCAACUUCAACAAACUGGUUUUAGUCAACUACCCCUUCAUCGACAUGGGCUCCACUGGAAGCAGUGUUCCUCAGAGUGCCCCUCCCGUCCCGACUGGUGCUGGGACCCAUUUCCGCUUCCCUCCUUCCACGCCUUCUGAGGUCCUUUCCCCCAAUGAGGAUCUGCGCAGCCCCGGGGGCAUGUUCAGCUCGGUGGCACGCCGGAUAGGACGCGGCUCUGUCAGUGAUUGCAGCGAUGGCACCUCUGUGAAUUCAGAGAUUGAGGAGGGUAACACGGGAGCAGGAGAGGAGAGGGUAGAGAGAGGUGUGACCGGAGGAGGGGGAGGACCUGGUGGUGGAGGAGGAUACCGGAGUAUCAUUCAUCCCCGUCUGUCUCAUGAGACCCUGUUCCGCAUGUAUGGAGGGCCAGGUAAUCCUGCUGGUCACCCAGGAUCCCGAGGCCCCGCAGGACAUCGUAUCCAUCAGGAGCCCCUGUCACCCUUCCCUGUCUCACCUCUGCCAGGGCCUGGAGGGGCCAACCUCCUUGCUCCUCCUCUGUCCCCAGCACUCUCCAUGACCCCAACAUCUCACCUUCCUUACACUCCCUCACCCACUCUAUCACCGAUGUUGGGCUCGCACUUCUCCUUCAACCCAGAAGACAUGAAGCGCUACUUGCAGGCUCACACCCAGUCUGUGUACAACUACGGCCUCAGUCCCAGAGCUUUCCUCCAGUACCCCAACAUCGUAAUCCCUCAGCCCCACCGGCCAGCCACAGACAAAGCCUGUCUCACAGCAGAUAGAGGAGCUGCCGAGAGAGCUGAAAGAGCCGCGGCCGGGAGCGGGGAGAGAGGAGGAGAGCGGCACCAUCAUCCAUCUCUGGCUCACUCUGCUCACCAUCAUCCGCAUCCUCCUCACUCUGCCCACCCUCACCCUCUUUCCCAUCAUAUGCAUCACCCACUUCACCUGGGUGAGGAGCCCCCACACAUGUCACCCUUUAAGUUCAAGCUUCAGCCACCUCCACUGGGAAGAAAGCAGAGAGAAGGGCAAAGCCAAAGUAAACCCAGGCAGAGCUCACUGUCCUCAGGCUCAGGAUCCGGGUCCAUGUCCUCUACCUCUGGCCUGGGCUCCUCACUAUCAUUCGGCAGUGAUUUGAGCUCAGCUAGCGGAUCUGGAGUCAUCUCUGCCUCCUCCUCUACGCAGUCCCUUAACAGUGCAGGACUCCCUAAAAUAAAGGUGGAGCCCAUCUCUGAUAUAGAGUCAGAAGAAGAAGUGGAGGUGACAGACAUCAGUGAUGAAGACCCAGAUGAAAGAGACAAUGACUUAGGGCUGUUCUCCCCUCUCCACCCCAGACGAUCUGACCAUCGCCACCACCAUCACCACCUUGCUAACGGCACAGCCACCACCCAUCACCAACCGCACCCUGAUGAAGAUCUGGAUGAGGACGUCUUCAAAGCCCCCGCUCCUCCUCCUCCUGGCCUGCCGUUCUUCACCUCACAGCACAUACACUCCACUGCACAUCGCGAGAUGCCCACCCUCAAAAGUGAGCCUGUAGAGCCAGGAGAGAGCAACAACCCCCCAUCCCAGAUGGGCUCAGCAGGUUCAACACAGACCAAAUGCAUCCCCCUCAAACUACGCUUCAAGAGGCGCUGGAGCGAAGACCAGCGCAUGGAAGCCUCGCAGGAGGAGUCGGAUGACAAAAAAGUACGACCGGAGGAGGAGAGGGAAAGGGAGAGGCAAAGUAAUGGAUGCAUGGAGAUGGAGGAGGAUGGGGCAGGCAGCAGAGAAGGGGACAGUCCUUCUCCGCUGGUGUACGAGGGCUCUUUAGCAGCACCGCUGGCUUCACAUCAGAGGGUGAGCGCCGAGCUGCAUCGUGCCACUGCACAGCUUUCUCUAGAGAAUAAAGACUGCUGAUGAGAGCCUCAGCUCAAACACUACUGCUCCAGCAGUAAAGGAGGUGAUGCAGGAGUAUGUAAAUGGUUCCUCUGUAAUCCCUCUCCCACACUGACAAACUAGAUUCCUGAAACCUCUAGUGACCUGAGAGCAGAGUCCAACAUACACACUCAUGAAACUGACACCUCAAAGACAGCCUCAUUCUUGUGUCAGACCCACCGUCAAUCCUGGAUCAGGGCUCCUCUGGGAGACAUCUGUAGGGAGAAGGCCUCACUCAGACUCAGCCACACAGACUGUAAAAAUCUCCUCCCACUUGGCCAGUGAAGCUCCAGAUUGCCCUGCUCCAGUAGCACAGCUCCCACCUUCAGGGCCCCGUUAGUAGGAUCAGCAAGCCAGUCAUUUCUUUCCUCAGGAGACACAUAUACUACUUUUCCUACAGGAUGACGGGACAUUAAGUGCCUGUAUCUAACCCUGAGAGUGACGUGGAAGAGUGCAUAGGGAGGAGGAAAUGACUAUAUUAAAUAUAAAAAUAAAUGACUAGGAUAGAAAGGAAAGUGUCUCAGACUGAUGAGUGGGGCUGUUGGGUGUUGUCUGACUUAAACCUGGCCCACUCCACUCAGGGAAGCCUAUUGCUGUAUGUUUAUUGGAUCCAUGCACACAGAAAAACAACCCAGCCAACAGUGAAUGGGACUUUGGGGAGAUUAUGGACACUAAACAGUGUUCACUGCUACGCAAGCCCAUGCACAUACACAAACCAUAAAUACACACAUAGACUUUGACUCUCUGGUAUACUGACUUUUCUAUAACCUCCCUUUUCUCCUGUCCUGCCCCUCUUUCUCUUGCGGACCACCUCUGGAAUUAACACUUCAGACUCAGAAAUGAUUUAGACUCUUUAGGGGGGGUGUGAGGAGAGGAUAAGGGAAGGAUGAAGAGCUGCUGUUAGGAACCACGAGGACAAGUUUGCGGGGCUUGAGCAACUGUUUAAUACCCUUCUUACCUCACCUAACAUGGCUUGUACACUGAAAAGACUUUUCUCAUGUCUCAGCAGCAGAAACCCCUAGUUCACCAGCUAGAGAUCGUCUAACAAUCAUAGUGUUUAACUAAACCAGCAAAACCACACACUUACACUUGCACAGCACUGCCUUCAGCUCAUAAACGUGCUCCCUCUCCUCUUGACUGGACCUCCAAUUCUCCACGCACACACUGCCGCUGUACGCCUUCUUUUUAAAGCCUGCACAAUGGUGCAAACUGAACUCCAAUAACAUGCAGAUUAUAUCAUUAUAUAUUCUAAAAUAAAUGAUUUAAAAGAGUUAAAUUUUAAAAGAACCUUAGCAUUUUGAUGAUUUGAUUGAUUCAGGGUUUUUCCUUUUCGUAAGUGGAUUAUUUCGUGCAGUAAGACUUGUCAUGCCACUCACUGUUGUCUUGUGGGUGGGCGGGCAGAACAGGGAGAGGUAGGAGGUUUCUUGUAUAUUUGCUUCAUAGAUAAACAAACCUCAGGUCAGUCCACCAGAGGAAGACCAGCAAGACAAAAUAUCAGGACUCAAACAGACUGCUAAUGAUUCAGACGUGCAGUUCACUCUGUUGCUCACUUCAUAUGUAGGAGCUCGCCCUUUCAGCACGCGGCACUCUGCUCUUUCCUGUCUGCAGUCUCGCUCAGCUCAGCAGGGUUCUCACUGGUUUGAGCUGUCCUGGCUCCGGGCCACCUCUCCCGGCUGUCUGUGUAUUUGUGUGUGUGCACGCUCAGUCAGCUCAUGGGUUAUUAGUGAAGUAGUAAUCCUGUACUGUCAUAGUCUAGUUAGUGCUCCAAAGUUCAGCGAAGCUCCAAUGGAAAGCACAGAGAAGGGGUAAAUCAUAACUGUCUGGAAGAGCUGAAUAUUAGAGAUCCUGUAAUGCCCCCCCUCCAUCAAUCUAUGCACAUCCACACACACAAACAGAUGAACAUGUUUGUGACAUGUUUUAACAUCCUGCAGUCGCAGCUCAUUAACAUCUGAUUGGUUAACUGAGCCGUGUUGCAGGCGGCCUGUCCCCGCCUGGCCAGUGACAAGGAGGAUCUAAUAGCAGCAAACUGUGGGAUAGAUGGCCUCCAGGUCGUCUGUGCCUGUCAGCUGAUCGAAUUUCCUCAUCAGACCCCCCCACCCUGUCUGGACCAGAGCAUGUCACAACAUGCACACACAUAAACACACAGUCACACCCACCAGGCCUUGUGUCUGUAUUGAAACUGACAGCUGCCUUACUACUACUUUCCAUAUCUUAGCAGCAGAUAAGACACCAGUCUUAGCUGCUCUGCGCUCUCUUUCCUCAUACUGCUGAACUUUUCCUCACUCUGUUUCAAGCGUUUGUCUGACUUCCCGUAAACUGCAGCGUGAUCUGACUCAGUCAUGAUAUUGCAGGGUAAAAAGAUUAAAUGGAGUCAGAUUGAAACACAAACGCUCUCUCGUGCUGUUACAGUUAAAGAAUAAAAAAAAAAAACAGCACAGAUACAUUCUCUAUCAAAAGAAAAAAGGUUUAUUCGUUUAUUUUUAUUAUGUCAAUACUGCUAUUGAUUAUUGUUGUUAUUGGGUUAUUGACCUCUCCACUUGGCAUUACCAUUCUUAUUCCAUGGCUGUUCGCUGUUGCUUUUCACGUUGUGUACAUCAGUUUGGAUGAUGUGAAAUGCCCUCAAACUCCAUUCCCUGUUUUAAACCCUCCAGAACCAGAAACCCUCUCCCGUCUAUAGUUUUCACAAAUGUAAUAUAACUGAAAUGUGUAACAUUAAUUAUGAUGCUGACAGAGAAAUAACACCUGGGAUUGAGCAGGAAGGGCUGCGGUGGAGGAUUUUAUUUAGGGGGGGUUACUUUUUUCCUUUUUUCUUUUUUUUCUUUUUUUUUUUUUUUGUCCUGUAUUGUAAAUCUUAUUUUAUAAUUUGGCUUUUUUUCUCUCUCACUCUUGUAUAUGAUUUCAUUUGUUAAUGGGAGGGUGGUGUAUCAUUUUAAAAGAAAAAAAAUUGUGUUUUACUGUGUAAAGAUCUAUCUUCUCCCUCUUUAAGUCUGUUCUUUCACCUCCUCUCCUCUGAGUGUUUACAUAACACUCGAGAGGCGAGAGAAAAGUUAAUACCAUGAUGUAACAUUAAAUUUCUCCACUUCUUUCGUGUUUUUUUUUUUCCCCCAAACUUGUAAUUAAGCUGUAAUCAGGGUUAUUUAAAACCAUUUAAAACCCAAUAUGAAUAUCA